AUACAUCCUGGAAAAAAAAAAGAGUAGAAAUAUUUCGGGAAGAAACAACAACAAAAGGCGAUUUGGAAUGGCGGCUUUCGACUCCACCCUCAACGUGAACGACCUCCCCAACGUUAUCCUCUCCACCAUAAUCGCCGCCGUCUCCGACGUCCGCAGCCGCAACUGCGCCUCCCUCGUCUGCAAGGAUUGGUGCCAAUUGGAGCGCUCCACUCGCUCCUCCCUCACCCUCCGAGGCAACCUCCGCGACCUCUACCUGGUCCCCACCCGCUUCUCAUCCAUAUCCCACCUCGACCUCUCCCUCCUCUCCCCCUGGGGCCACCCCCUCACCGCCGUCUCCGACCCCGCCAUAACCGCCCACCUCCUCCGCCGCGCCUUCCCCUCCCUCGCCUCCCUCACCCUCUACGCGCGGAAUCCAUCCACGAUUCACCUCGUCGCUCCUCUCUGGCCUUUCCUCGAACACGUCAAGCUCGUGCGAUGGCACCAGAGGCCUCAGUUAACCGCCGCCGGAGAUGAGCUGCGGAUACUGUUUUCCGAGUGCGGCAGACUCAAAUCGCUCGAUCUCUCCGCUUUCUACUGCUGGACUGAUGAUGUGCCGCCGGCUUUGGAAUCGUACCCUUCGAUUGCCUCCAAUCUCACCAAUCUCAACCUCCUCAACCCCUCCUUCUCCGAGGGUUUCAAAUCCGACGAGAUUAAGAUCAUCACCAAAGCCUGCCCCAAUCUGACUGAGUUUCGAGCUUCUUGUAUGUUCGAUCCGCGGUAUAUUGGGUACGUUGGAGACGAAGCUUUGAUUUCUCUCUCAGUAAACUGCCCCAAAUUAAGGAUCCUUCAUCUGGCUGAAACAUCCGCUUUAUCCAACGCUCGAGGCGAUCCGGAGGACGACGGAUACACGCAGGAAGAUGCUAGUAUUAAUGUGGCCACUUUGAUUGAGGUGUUUUCGGGGCUUCCUCUGCUGGAGAGCUUGACAUUAGAUGUUUGCAACAAUGUCAGAGAUAGUGGCCCAGCGCUUGAGGUGCUCAAUUCCAAGUGCCCCAAGCUGAGAUCUCUAAAAUUAGGGCAGUUCCAUGGAAUUUCAGUGCCUGUUGAAUCGAGGCUGGAUGGAGUGGCUUUGUGUCAAAGGCUCGAAUCCUUAUCGAUCAGGGGCGUGGGUGAUCUGACGGAUAUAGGGUUAAUUGCAAUUGCUAGAGGUUGCUGUAGAUUGUCCAAGUUUGAGAUUCAUGGCUGCAAGAGGAUAUCGAUGAGGGGGAUGAGGACAUUCGCUUGUUUGCUCAGAAGAACAAUGGUUGAUGUGAGGAUCUCUUGCUGUGAGGGUCUUGAUGCAGUGGCUUCACUCAAGGCAUUGGAGCCGAUACAGGAUCGGAUCGAAAGGCUUCAUAUUGAUUGCAUUUGGGAUUCUAAUGUUGAGGAUCUUGAUGGGAUAACAUAUGGUCUUGACCUAAACCAGGCUGAUUAUGGAGACUCAAGUAAUCCUCCAAGAAAGAAGUGCAAAUACUCCUAUGAUCUGAACUCCUUGUAUCCGGGAGAGGAGGAUAUUCAUGGCAAUGGCUUUGAAAACGGCAAUGGAUUUGGGGAGAGGACAUGGGACAGGCUCAAGUGUCUCUCUCUAUGGAUUCCAGUUGGGCAGCUGCUAACUCCUUUAACAUCUGCAGGGCUGGAGAACUGUCCAGAUUUGGAGGAGAUUAAGAUCAAGAUCGAGGGGGAUUGUCGGGAACUUUCAAAGCCCUCAAAGCGUGAAUUCGGAUUGAGCACUCUGCUGAACUAUCCUCAGGUGACGAAGAUGCAUUUGGACUGUGGAGAUGUUAUUGGCUAUGCACACACUGCCCCUUCGGGUCAGAUGGACUUAAGCCUCUGGGAAAGGUUCUAUCUUUACGGGAUUGGCAAUUUGAACCUCACAGAGCUCGACUACUGGCCCCCGCAGGAUAGAGAUGUUAACCAGAGGAGUCUAUCCCUUCCGGCAGCUGGAUUGCUGCAAGAGUGUUCGAGACUGACGAAACUCUUCAUCCAUGGGACGGCGCACGAGCAUUUCAUGAUGUUUCUGCUGAGAAUUCCUCGGCUACGUGAUGUCCAGCUGAGGGAAGAUUAUUACCCUGCUCCGGAGAAUGAUAUGAGUACUGAGAUGAGGGCCGAUUCUUGUAGCCGGUUCGAAGCUGCUCUCAAUCGCCGCCUUAUUUUGGAAUGAAAAGUAUAACAUAUCCUGCGGAACAUAACAAGCUUGCUUGCAACUGCAAGACAAUGGUGCGCAUUGUGUCGUAUCAUAUCAUAUAGUCGUGUUGGGAGUUUUUGUGGUCUUACUUCACGAGUAUUAAUGGUGUUGUGUAUAUAUGCAUUUGUGCUGCUGUAUUUGUUCUUGAUCAUAAGAUUGAUUUUCCUGGAUAAUUCAAUUUGGACUUAUUUUUAUGGAGAUUUGAUGAACAA